UGCUUUCAUGCAAUACGAUAGGAACUGAAGUUGGGUCCUGAAAUUCAGGCUCUCUUUGAUUUUCCCUUUUUUUUUUUUUAUCAAUUUGGUUUUCUUGUUUUUCAGUGUUCUUGAGUUGCAGAGAUGGAUGCGGUGCGGUUCCUUCAUUUCUUGUUUGGAAUUUUUGGGAAUGCAACUGCUCUGUUUCUUUUCUUGGCGCCAGUGAUAACAUUUCGAAGGAUCGUAAAAAGCAAAUCAACCGAAGAAUUUUCAGGCGUACCGUACAUAUCCACCUUGCUCAACUGUCUCCUCUCCGCAUGGUAUGGCCUACCGUUCGUUUCCCCAAACAACCUACUGGUGACCACGAUCAACGGCACAGGCGCUGCGAUCGAGUCCAUUUACGUGGUCAUGUUCCUGAUAUACGCGCCAAAGAAGGUGAAAGCAAAGAUGAUGGGGCUCCUUGCGUUAGCCCUGGCCGUCUUCGCCAUGGUGGUUUUGGUCUCCCUCAUUCCCCUCCAUGGCCAGAAAAGGAAGCUUUUCUGUGGCUUUGCUGCCACCAUCUUCUCUAUCUGCAUGUACGCCUCUCCCUUAUCAGUCAUGAGACUGGUGAUUCGAACAAAGAGCGUAGAGUUCAUGCCCUUUUUCCUUUCCCUAUUCGUCUUCCUGUGCGGGACCUCUUGGUUUGUCUUCGGACUUCUGGGUGGUGACCCUUUCAUCGCUGUGCCCAAUGGAUUUGGGUGUGGACUGGGGGCUCUACAACUGAUCCUGUACGCCAUCUACAGAGAUAAUAAAGGUACGAAGAAAGGAAGUACGAGUAACAAAGGAGGUGACGUGGAUCUCGAUUCCAUCGAGACGGGUUUAGGCAAGCCCCACCAUCAGAUCACCCAAGACAAGCUCUCCAUCCCGGCCCACCAAAAUGACGGUCACGUCUGAGCCACGUGCAUCUGUGGGCGGGCACCAGACUCCUGUUCUGCCCCAUGGCGCGCUUCUUUCUGUUACGUUUCGUUUUUCUUUCUUUCUCUAAUUUUCUACUUUACCGACUGUACUCCAACAUACAGACUAGCAUACUGGGUUUUCAUGUGCUGAUUUAUACAUGCAAGAGUGUGAUGGUUGAUACGCA